AUGUUUUAUCCGGUCGAUUCCUUAAAACGGGGAGGACGAUUUUAUUUGUGCUGGGUCGCUGACUCUUGGCCACUGAGAUUUGCAACCAUAACACACAGACAACUUUGGUCUCAAGAUAUUAGAAGAAUAUGUGAUGAUUUGAUUGAAGUAAUGAAUAAUGAAUCUGGCCGACCUUCAAACAGAUUUUCUCUCAGACUCAGCUCUCAGCUUAUGAGGGGACUAGUAAGACUCUAUCAAAGGAAGGUCACAGUUUUUCUUAGUGACUUGUGCAUGAUAAAUGCUCAUGUCAUAAAAAACACAAACAAAAAGUGGAAUGUGCACGAUGUGUCUGAUGAUGAAGAAAGACCACACCGAGCUCGCCCCCGGCAACUACCGCAGCUUCUGCAGUUCGUGCUCCGUGAAGAUCCAAACGAACAAAGAAUCGAAGAACUUAUUCAGAGCAGCGGAAACGUCGUUACUAAUGUUCAAGAUAUAACAUUGAAAGAAGCAGCAAUACCGGUAUUACAACUUCCGCAAAACGAUAACUUCGGCGAGGGGAAUCCGGAUGUAGCGCUCCAAUUACUGACAGAUAGAACUCUCGAGAUGAUGCUGCAAGCGGACGGCUCCGCGGCGCAGCACAGCGGGCUAGACCUGCCGCUCGACUCUACUGAUAAAUCCCACGACAAAACUCGUCUGCCAGUCGACCCUCAAAUGGAGAGGAUCUCGGAGUUAAACGUAUCCAUGUUUGGUAGAGUUUCUGCUGAAGGAGCUUUGCUUGGCCCCGAAAUUGCGCCAGAAAUUCCUGAAAUUCCUGUAUUCCCGAUUCCUGACCUCAACAUUCCUCAAACGGAGAAUAAAAACCUAACGGAGGAUGCGGUGCCUGAGCUCGCAGCGACUGAACCAAAACAAAUUCUAGAAAUUAGUAAUGAACAGCGAGUAAUUGAUGAAAUCGAAUUAGAAGAAUUAGAAGAACUAGAGCCACAAACAAAAAGACGCAGAAUUAAGAAUAAGUUAAUAGUCGAUAAGAAAAUAAAACUUGGAGGAAAUUUACUUCGCGCCAGAAUAGAAAACCCGGCCGUGGAGUUGAGAUGCGAGGAUAGUUCAGACGACAUUAUAGAGAUCCGCACGCCUUGGGACAUACUUUUUCGGACACCGAGUCACGUUGGCGGUAAAGCACGAUCAAACUUUUCUUUGAAGCUAACAAGACUCUACGUAAGGAACCUGGGGCCGGUUGCUGGAAGACCAUACGCUGAGAGAGAAAUGGAGGAAGCAAUGCAGCGUUCUCGCCGAAGCCGCGUCAGGUCGAUGUUAGAAAGGAUCGAAGAGGUAGAGGAGCCACAGCAAGGCGCGCCGCCGCAUACAGAGCCGUUACACGUCGAGCACGUCACCGAAACCGAAAUUAACUUCACGAAAGAUAUGAACAUCACGGAAAUUGCCAUAGAACAAAAUUUGGAUAUAUCUAUGUUGCCAACACAAAAAAUUGAGAUGCAAGCGCGUAAGAGGGUCCUCGAAUGUGAAGCGGUUGAAAGUCCAAAACGUCAACGGUCAAUAGGAUACGUUUCGUUCAGACAAAGCCAGCAGUUGAGAACAGAAAUCACCAUGGCUCUACCAGAUCCACAAGCUGAAAAGGAAAACGUACCAGAUUUCGGACGGCAAGCGACGCCGUCCUCCAGUAAACAAGCUCGGAGAAAAACGAUCUUGACAGAAAACAUUAGUAUUUACAACGAACAACCGAAGGACAGCGAGAGGAGCGUCACGGCCAUGCUGCAUGAGGUCGGCCUGGCUGACGCGCAGGAGCACCCGGCGGAGCUGCACGCGGCCACCGCGCAGAGACCUCCGAGACCAGCCAGCGGGAGCUCAGAGACACCUCUAGGGAGUCUGGACCGGACUAAAGUGUCGCUAGGGGACUCUGAACAGACAACGGAUUCGAAAAGAUUUAUUCGAGACCAGUGGGGUACUGAAGGAACUAUGAUAAAAAUUCUAAAGCAUAUAAAAGCCGGACUCCUCCCUAUUACCGUGACGAGCCUCGUAAUCAAAGGGCCGCUCGUUCCCGGAUACAAGAAAAUUAUUGCUGCCCGCUGUUUCGCGUCUUUGCUCAAAUUGAAACAACAUGGCUUCAUCAAGAUUAUAAAAGAUAUAAAUACUUUAGAAGUAUGCGAUAUUAUGUUAGGAUCAAAGUUUGAGUGA